UCUACUAAACUUGAGGCACAUCGUGAAUAUCUCCAGAGUUCUUCCGAGUUUAGGCUGUGUAAACUGUUUUUAAAGCUUUGUAAAGUAGUUCUAGCUGCACAAAAUCAACAGUUGUAUCCAGUAUUGUAAGAUCUUUCCCAGAGCUCACGCUUGAUGGACGUACUAACGACUGAAGUGGGUUGAAAGAAGGUAUAAAGGCUUUUCGAGGCGACCUAGCGAGAUUCAUCAUAUGAGAUGAGCUGAACUACUAGAUCCACCCACAGUCUCAUCUAUGAGGAUUUCAGCUGGCACUAAAUCCAUUCUCAGAGGAUGGUAUGAGCAUCUCUCAUCAUCAUUGCUCAUAUGCAGUGCGUUUGGUGUACAUGCAGCCCAAGAAUAAUGGAAGAAGAGGAAGUUUCUUACAGUUGCGUGCCCACCAGCGUGAAAUGUAAGAUGUGGAGACUUUAUUACCAGUCCUGUCCAGCAGUUGUCACAUAAUGGCAUGUAGAGGAUCGUGCUGCUGUGGUCCUGUGAAUGAAGAUAAUGCGAGGUUCAUAAUGUUGCUGCUCCUCAUCAUCCUCUACCUCCUGUGCGGAGCCGCGGUCUUUUCAGCUCUGGAGCAUCCCAAGGAGAAACAGGCGAAGGAAAAGUGGGCUCAGAGGUUUGAGCUUUUCAGUCAAAAGUACAAUCUAAACAAAAGUGAUCUGGAGAAGUUCUUGAGACAUUAUGAAGAGGCGAACAUGGCAGGAAUACGGGUGGAUACUCUCAGACCACGCUGGGAUUUUACCGGAGCCUUUUACUUUGUCGGCACUGUAGUUUCCACCAUCGGGUUUGGAAUGACCACACCAGCCACUGUCGGUGGCAAAAUCUUCCUGAUCUUUUAUGGCCUCAUUGGCUGUGCAGCCACCAUUUUAUUUUUUAAUCUCUUCCUGGAAAGAAUAAUAACAGUGCUGGCUUUUGUUCUCAAAUCCUGCCAUGAAGUCCAACGGCGACGUAAAGGAGUUUUACCUCACGACAGCAGACAAGACUCGAGCAACGCGAGGCUAAAUCGUGAAGACAGUCUCGCAGGAUGGAAGCCUUCAGUGUAUUGUGUGAUGUUGAUCCUUUGCGUGGCAGCAAUAAUAAUUUCUUGUUGUGCUUCGGCGAUGUAUUCCUCAAUCGAGGGAUGGGGAUAUUUGGAUUCACUCUACUUCUGUUUUGUGGCAUUCAGCACUAUUGGUUUCGGGGAUAUGGUCAGCAGCCAGCGGGCCAGUUACGAAAACCAAACCGUCUACCGAGUCGGCAAUUUCUUUUUUAUUUUAAUGGGCGUUUGCUGCAUCUACUCGCUAUUCAAUGUCAUCUCCAUUGUUAUCAAGCAGGUGCUCAACUGGCUCCUGAAAAAGCUUGAGAUACCAUGUCGUCACUGCCCCGGGAGGUCUCUCCGGCCUCGUAGAAAUGCAGUAAUGCCCGGCCACGUCCGAACACGUGUUCGCAACAUAUCCAUAGACACAGACGCAGUGAACGACAGCGAGACGGAUGGACGCAGAAUGUCCGGAGAGAUGAUCUCCAUGAGAGACUUCCUGGCGGCUAAUAAGGUCAACUUGGCGAUCAUGCAGAAACAACUGUCUGAGACUGCCAACGGCCAUCCUAGGCCAUGCGGGUCAACAAAUAGGCACAAUGGAUUCUCUGGUGGCGUCGGAGCCUUGGGUAUAAUGAAUAAUAGGCUUGCAGAAACCAGUGUGGACAGAUAAAUAUAAGCAAACACAACACAAUGGCUUUAUGAAAAGCCAGAUUGCACUGCCCAUAGUUUAGCUACUAUUACUUUUAUAUUACAGAUGUAGGCACGUACGCAAGUCUCUUUCUUAUGUGUGUUGAAUGCUGUAGUUGAAAUAUCCAUUGCUGCUCUAAAGGGAAAGAGAACGGAGAACUGAAGCUCAGGUCUGUUUCUAAGAUUGAUGUGCUGGGAGAGGCUUUGCUGCACAAAGUUUUGAGUCAUACUCUUAUGAUUGCAGUUGUUUUUUUCUUUUUGUUUGUGGUUGGAGGAUGUUGCAAUCAGGUUGAGCACUUUGUAAGAAAAAAAUGCAUGGAUACCAUGCUGGUGGAGCUACAGUGGGGUCCAAAGUCUGAGACCACUAGUGUAAAGGUAUAUUUUCCAUUAUUUUUCAAAAUUAAAUAUUUGUUAGAUUAUGCGCAUAAUAAUUUGAAUGAAAUAUAAACUGAAAAAUAAACAUGAAAGCUGAAAUAAUAUAAGAAUAAAUAAGCUUUCCAUUAAUGUAUGGUUGUAUAUUAAUGUAUAUUGUACAUUAAUGUAUAUAUUUGUUAUGAUAGGACAAUGUUUGGCUGAGAUAGAAGUAUUUGAAAAUCUGAGGGUGCAAAAAAAUCUAAAUACUGAGAAAAUCACCUUUGAAGUUCUUAGCAAUGCAUAUUACUAAUCAAAAAAAUAAGUUUUGAUAUAUUUAUGGCAGGAAAUUUACAGUAUAUCUUCAUGGAACAUGGUCUUUACUUAAUAUCCUAAUGAUUUUUGGCAUAAAAGAACAAAAAAACAAUAAUUUUGACCCAUACAAUGUAUUUUUGGCUAUUGCUACUGAUAUACCUGUACUACUUAAGACUGGUUUUGUGGUUGAGGGUUACAUAUUUAAUUAGUGACCAAGAAAUAGUUCUGAAUCUUAAGUAUUAAAUAUAUUAAAUAUAACACACACACUACCAUUCAAAAAUGUGGAUUUAAAAAAAAAAUAAUAAUAAUAAUACUCAUUCAGCACGGAUGCAGUAAAUUUACACUAAAAAUAAACUUAUUUAAACUUUUAAACUUACAAAAUAUUUCUAUUGCAAAUAAAUGCUGUGCUUUUGAACUUCAGUUCAUCAAGAAUCCUUUUAAAACAUUUAUCAUGAUUUCCGCAAAAAUAUUAGGCAGCAUGACUGUUUGUAAUAUUGAUAAUAAAUGUUUCUUGAGUACCAUAUCAGCCAGCCGGGUCUCAUGAUGAAAACGUACCUGUGGGAACGUUUUCGCAAGACGCGAAAUACGUACCAGUACGUAUCACAGCAGUUCCCAACAGAAAUGUCCACUGAGUGGCACUAAAAGAGUGUUGUUCGAGUUUUUUUCCCCAUAACAGAAGAACGUCCUUAUGGAAUGUUUUGUGUGACGUUGGUUUUGUACGUGUCACGACAGUUCUGACUUUAAAUGUCCAUUGAGUACUGUUAUAAUGCUAAUGCUCCGUGACGUUUUAAAACAACCUACCCACUGCACUACACCUAAACCUACCCCAUAGUAUGAACAAAAGCGAAUGUGACCUAAGAACUCAAUCGCAAGCAUGCCGUUUUAUCUUGUUUGAUGAUCUCUCAUCAUUAGUCAUGUUUUAUCAUGAUUCGUACCCAAGGAUUCCUAAGUCCUAAGUCCAAUUCCGUGUUGUCUGGGCUACCAAGCAAGCUUGUUAUGUUUACAAAACAUAUGGAGCUGUAAUUAUACUUGUGUCUGAAAACGAUUACAAGUUGUCGUUGUUUUACCACCUCUAGUGGACAUUUCUGUUGGAAACUGCAGUGAUAUGUACCUAUUGGUACAUAUUUCGCCUUCAUCAUGAGAUCAGUUAGAUAUCAGCAUAUUAGAAUGGUUUCUAAUAAAAAAAAAAAAAAAAAUUUUACAAUAUAUCCACCUUAUUCUUCAAUGUAAAAGUAAGGCUAUGGGCGAAACUUCUGGUUCAUUAGCCAUCAAAUUUACAAAUGGCCGCGGCCACUCUUAUGGGGAAAAUAAGGUGGAUUAAUUGUAAUAAUAUUUUACAUUAUUACUGUUUUUACUGUAUUAUCAAAUAAAUGCAUCCUUGAUGAUCACAAGUGACUUAAAACAACAAAAAUUGAAACACAAAAUCUUACUGACCCCAAACUUUUGAAUAUGCAUGCAUGCAUGAAUGGGGUCUGAGAUUUUCAUUGUGGUGUCAGACUUUUGGACUCCUCUUCCUGUCAGCUUCUGACACUUUCUAGUGGAGCAUUUCUUUUUAGGUUCUGCUGAAGGAUCUAAGUGAUAAGGUGAUGAAAAUUACAUUCAUCCACCAGUAGCUUAUUAUCCUCUUCACUGUGCAGGUAUGUAGAUAAAGGCAUGAGGUGCGACAGUUAUGAGAGCCAGACAGCUCACAUGCCAUCUGUUUCAUGACGUUUUACUGCAGAUACUUCAGAGUAUCUAGCAGCUGUAAAAAAUUCAUGACACCUAUAUUGAUUGCUUGAAUUGCUUAUCAGGUAUUUCAGUUGUACUGAAACGAAUGUUUCUUGCGCCACCAGAAGCGCACAGAACAAAACGGGCCAUGUCGUUUUGGACUGUUCAUGAAAUAUGUGCAAUGCCAAAAUGGGUAUGAUGCAGGACAUCAGAUCAUUUUCUCCAGCACUUUGUAUCUUCAACUUUGAAACCUGCUUUAUUUAAAGAUGAAUGAUUGUAUGUAGAGGUGUAACGCAUGAUGAAUUAAUAAAAUAUGAU